GAUUUCAGUGUAUUGUGCACGUGACAAGUUUACUGCUACUACUAAUCAUAACAGGUGAAGUACACGGCAGCACUUCAGGUUUGCCUCCAUAGGCUGCACUCCGUACUUCUUAACAGCUCACCCUCUCUACCCCCACCCUUUCCGAUAGACCCGUGACCCGGGACUUUUUUUUUUUUGUAUUUAUUCUUCAGCUCAUGUACUCGAAAAGAACGUAGGGGGUUGUCUUAGGGCGUUUACCUGCCUAAGGAAAUGCAUUCCCACCUACUCAGGCAGCACUGAAGCUUUAAGCGGGUCAGUCACGUUUUGGGGGUUGAGAGUUGCGACAAUAAAUUUGGAGUCGAGGAAAAUCUUUGUGAGAUGGCAACUCCGGUUAAAAAGGGCUUUUAUAGACAAGAAGUCCAAAAAACCACCUGGGAAGUUCCUGCCAGAUAUACCAACCUGAAUCCUGUGGGGACAGGGGCGUACGGGACAGUCUGUGGAGCUACAGAUCUAAAGACGAAUGAGAAGGUAGCAAUUAAAAAACUCUACCGUCCAUUUCAGUCAUUGCUUCAUGCAAAAAGGGCAUACCGGGAACUUCGUUUACUUCGCCACAUCCAGCAUGAGAAUGUGAUCUCUCUUUUGAAUGUUUUCACACCUGAUUCAUCCCUGGAAAAAUUCCAGACAUUUUACAUGGUGAUGCCGUUUGUAGCCCAGGACCUGAGUCACAUCAUGAAGAAGGGAAAACUGACUGAAAAGAUAAUAACUUACUUACUGUACCAGAUCCUCCGGGGGCUUAAGUAUAUCCAUUCGGCUGGAAUCAUUCACAGGGACUUAAAGCCAAGUAAUUUAGCUGUGAGCCAGAACUGUGACUUAAAGAUUUUAGAUUUUGGUUUGGCACGGCACACAGAGAGUGAAAUGACGGGCUACGUGGUGACCCGCUGGUAUCGAGCACCUGAGAUUAUUCUCAACUGGAUGCACUACACACAAACUGUGGAUAUUUGGUCGGUUGGCUGCAUUCUGGCGGAGAUGAUUACGGGCCAAGUUUUAUUUCAAGGAAAUGACUAUUUUGACCAGCUGAAGCAGAUCAUGGAGAUCACGGGAAGUCCUCAGCCAUCCCUGAUAGAGAAGAUGCAAAGCAAAGAUGCAAAACGAUAUCUACAAGCUUUACCAUUAAAAGUUAAGAAGAAUUUUAGAGAUUUGUUUCCCUUCAUGGACAAGAGAGUUGUAGAUUUGCUAGAGAAGAUGCUGGUCCUGGAUCCCGACCACAGAAUAACUGCCAAAGAAGGACUUUCUCACAAAUACUUGGAAGAAUUUCAUGAUCCUGAGAGUGAGCCUGACUCGGACCCAUAUGAUGACUCCUUUGAAAAUCUAGACUUGGCCAUAGAGGAAUGGAAAAGUCUCAUCCACAUGGAAAUCAUGACUUUUGACCCAGACAAUCCCAAACAAACAGCCAUAUAGUCUGAAGAAUCACAGAAGACUGUUAUUUCAACUAGCAGAUCCUGAAAAAGAACUCGAGUGGGGUUGGGAUAUGAAGUCAGUUGACUACAUGGCAUGUGAAAUGUUCCAGCCCAUAACACAACAGUAGACACUCUGUAAUGUGUAAAGGGUCUUCCAACUGUGCACUGGAGUGGAAACAAGUGUUACAAAAUGAGCCUGUUCCCUCUUCACCUUCUUCCAAAUGCCUCACCUUAGUCCCCCCUGUUUAUGUUUUGCAUACUUGAAAUACUAUGUUACAGAAAGUAAAACAAAAUUAGUGUAAAGCACAGUGAGGCAAAGUAUGUGUACCUAGAUAAAAAGAAAAUGCUUUUGUUAUG